GGUAAUACUCUGACAAAGCAUGUGUUAAAGGGUGAAAAUUUUGAUACUUGGGAGAAAACUAUUGUUAAUGCUCUAAAGGGACAUAGUAAGGCGGGGUUUUUGUCUCCUACGGGAAUGCCUAAACCUACUGAUCCUGCGGAAUUGGAAGCGUGCGAAGCAAAUAAUUCCAUAAUUUGCAGUUGGAUUUUCAAUAGCGUUGAUGAGCUUAUACAGUCGAGUAUUGCUUCUCAUACCGUGGUUCACGAGUUAUGGUCAGAUUUGAAGACUUGUUAUAGUACCAUAAACGAGCCUCAGAUUUAUCAAUGGGAGAAUGAGUUGCAGAAUCUUAGGCAAAAAGGUCAAACGGUGGUUGUGUAUUACAAUCAGUUUGUCACUUUAUGGAAUAAAUUGUACGUGGUCGAGGAUCCCACGUGUGGUUGUGUAUGCCCAACUGCGGCAACUUUGAGGGCAAAUGCUGAGAAGGAGAAAACAAGAACAUUUUUGUUGGGGCUUGAUGAUGAGCAGUUUGGUACUCUUCGGGGACAAAUCUUGGGUACUCAACCGCUCGCAGAUUUGAACAAAGACUUUUAUCUCAUCACCCAGGAGGAGCGUCACCGUAGCGUUGUACGUGCUCGGGAUGAUCAUACCGACGCUAUGGCAUUUGCUGCUCCACGUAUGGCAAACAAACGGAAGAAGAAAAAGGUUAGAGGUGCAGGGAAGUGCGAGAAGCUGUAUAAGAGGAGGAGGGAGGGUCACCCGCCAAUAGAGCUUGAGUGGGAGCGUGGGGAGCUUGUACAUGGACUGUAUGUUUUGGAGUUUACUGAACUUGUAGGGUUUGAGGCCCGAUUGAGAGUUCCGAUUACUUAUAAUAAUUGGCAUGAUGUCCCAAAAGACGUGAAUGCCACGGUAGUAGACGGGGUUUGGGAUAUGUAUCUUAUACCUCCCGGUGGGGUCCAGCAUGUCAUGACGGUUGCUGGGUUGAGACAACGUGCUUUCAGGACAUAUUUACGAGGAGCCUGUUUGAUGGAAGGUGGGGAUCAUUACGGAGAUGUGGUGCACGGUGUUCCUCUCCUUCCUCAGCAGGUUAAGGUCUCUUUGACCCUUAUGCUUCCGGGAAUGGGUGAGUAUACCAUUCCUUGUCCGACUGAGCAUAUAGAGUUUGUCAUCGAUUGCGAGGGGAUCGGGAGCUUCGUUGCAUGGCCAAAUUCGUUGGUGGGCCUUGGAGAUCCCCGGUGCACACGGCUCGACAUGGCGACUUCUCAUCAAGCAAAUCACGUCCUAUUCUCGGCGUACGCCCCACUGUUCCUAGCUCUCCCGUACCGGAUGUUGUUGACAGAGCUCAAACGUCUCAUUCGGGCCGAGGUGCAGAGAGUUGUGUCAGUGGCUGACACGCACAUCUGCUUUGCCUACCAUCAACUUCAUUCUCGAUCCCAAGUCCAUGCUCUAUCCAGAGGAGACGGAGCUAAGGAUGCGUCCAAAGAAUAUACGUGAGUUCAUGCGAUGGGAGGAGGUCGAUCAGACCAUGAUCAAUGUUUUCUUGCAGUAUGUCAAACACUACGUACGAAUAAAUUACUAUUGUAAAU